UCGAUGUCUCAUCUGUGUCCAUAAAGCCUCAUUCCGUGUUGUCUCGUGUGGAGUCCCAUCUCAUCUCAUCUCAUCUCACCACGUCAUCAUGGCCAUUUCAUCACGCCUCGCCCUGUGGGAACAAAAGGAAAGUAUCAGGGAAGAGGACAAGAGCCCCCCACCAUCCUCCCCACCUCCCCUUUUCUCUGUAAUUCCGGGGGGCUUCAUCAGGCAACUGGUCCGGGAAACAGAGAAGGAGUCCAAGGAAGCAAAACGGAAAAAACAGACAUUGGCCAGCCCCCAGGAACAGCCAGCCCCAGAAAAUAGUGACAGCUCUGCCAAUAAAAGCCAUACCCCCUCAGGGACGCAAAGUCCUCAGGGUGGCCAGCCUGACCCAGCAUCCCCCAGCCCCAGCGUUGUUGUCGCGAACAUUCCUAAUGAGAGUGAAGGGAUGGCCAGCCCCGAGCCAGUGCUUAUGAGCAGCAUUAAUGGGGAAAAACCUCAAGAGAAGGGCACAAUGGAGACUCCUCCAAGGAAGCCUCAACCCUUCAAGAGGGCCAGGAAGACCAGCGACGUCCUGCUGAUGGUGGCCAAGCUAAAUUCAGAAUUACCCAAGCCAGAGCAGAGGACUCACCCAGGUGACUCUCCAACCCAUAAGCCUCCACCCUCCAUUCCAGAGCUGGAGGGUGAGAAGAAGGGCGAACCUCCAGGGGACAGUCGUGACCCUCAGACAGCUACUGAGGCCUCGGCCGAAAAGGUAGAGAAACUGAGGCCACAAGGCCUUGGCAGCUCAGGCUCCACAGACUUGCCUCCCAAGAAGAGUGAAAAGCCUCCGAUCAAAUUGGGCAAGUGGGGCAAGGUGUCUCAGACCAAGGGGCUAAAAGGGGGUGAGCCCCAGAGUAAAGAGGAGCCCCACUCCAAAGAGGGAGAGCAGAGAAGUGAGGCUGAGGUAAAAGGGACGGAGGAGGUCAAAGGCCAAAUACCCCAAACGGAGGAGAAAGGCCAACUCCACCCAAAAGGAGGGUUAGGGGAUAAGCCCCAAGGCAAGCCAGGCAAGGCAGGUCACCCUAAAGACACGGUGGAGACGGGGAAGGAGGCCCAUAGCAAGGCAGGAAAGGGAGACAGAACCCAGAUCCAAAUGAAAAAGUGGGGCGAGUCCCUAAACAGAUGGAGAAAGAGGAGCGAGUCCCAGAGUCAGACGGGGAAGGGAAAUGAGUCCCAGAGUCAGAUGGGGAAGGACAAUGAAUCUCAAACUCAAGUGAGGAAUGAGAGUGAGCCCCAAAGUCUGGUGGGAAGGGAAAGUGGACCCCAAAGUCAGCUAGGGAAGGAGUAUGAUUCCCAGGGCCAGUUGGGAAAGGAUCAUGAGAAGGGGAGCUGUCCCCAAAACGAAGAGAGAAAGGAAGACGAUCCUCAUCAAAAGGGAAAAAGUGGGAGUGAAUUCCUCAAAGAAGGAAAGGAGAUCCAUGGAUCUCCCACCACAGAGAAAGAGGGAAUUGCACCUGAAACCAAGAAGGAAGGCAAAGAAACUCCAGUGAAGAUGGAGGAGGAGGAGGAGAAGGAAGAUGGGGAGAGAGGCCAAAGUGCUCAUUCAGACAAGGAACUAGAGGACAGAUGGUAUGAAGCAGAGAAAGUUUGGCUGGUUCAGAAGGAAGGAUUCACAAUGGCAACUGUCCUGAAGCCGGAUGUGGGGACCCCAGAGCUGGCUGCAGGACGAGUGAGACUUUGCAUUGAAGCAGACAAAUCCAUCACUGAAGUGGACGAAGAGAACGUUCAUCGAGCCAAUCCUCCGGAGCUGGAUCUGGCAGAGAACCUGGCCUCCCUGCAGAGCCUCAAUGAGUCCAGUGUCCUGAACACGCUUCAGCACCGAUACCAGGCCCAGCUCCUGCAUACAUACACAGGACCAGACCUGAUUGCCUUCCAGCCUCAGGGGCCCCCAGCUCCCUCUUCUUGGAAGGCGCCCAAGGGCAGAAGAGAAGGCUUGCCUCCCCAUAUCUGCGCCCUCGCUCAGAAGGCUUACUGGGCCAUGCUGAGCCAGCGCCAGGACCAGACCAUCGUGCCCCUGGGCAGGAGCGGGGCUGGGAAAAGCACCUGCUGCGAGAGGGCGCUGGAGCACCUGGUGGGCAGUGCUGGCAGCCUGGACGGCCAGGUCUCAGUGGACAAGAUCCGGGCCACCUUCACCAUCCUCAGAGCCUUUGGCUCCGUGCUGACUGGCCACAGCUCCAGCUCCACGCGCUUCUCCAUGGUCAUGUCGCUAGACUUCAACGCCACCGGCCGGGUCACCGCGGCACACCUCCAGACGAUGCUCUUGGAAAGAGUGCGAGUGGCUCAGCAGCCAGAAGGAGAGGGAAACUUUGCUGUGUUCUCCCAGAUGUUGGCUGGGCUGGACCUUGACCUCAGGACGGAGCUAUAUUUGCACCAGAUGGCAGACGGUCACUCCUUUGGCAUGGGCGUGUGGGCCAAGCCUGAAGAGAAGCAGAGGGCUGCAGCGGCAUUCUCUCAACUCCAAGGGGCCAUGGUGACCCUGGGCAUCUCCGGGACUGAGCAGCGGGCCAUUUGGAGGGUGUUGGCGGCUAUUUAUCACCUAGGAGCAGCAGGGGCGUGUAAAGUUGGCAGGAAGCAAUUUAUGCGGUUCGAAUGGGCCAACUACGCCGCAGAGGUGCUGGGCUGUGAGUACGAAGCACUGACCACUGCGGUCUUCAAGCAUCACCUCCAACAGAUCAUUCAGCAGGCAACGGCGAGGCUGAACCAACGCAAUCACCAAGAGGAGCCAGAUGUGGGUUACACGGACCACAUGGGGUUCAGUCAAUUCCGGAGGCAGUUCCAGGCUCUGGCUCCGAUUUUUAUGAAGAAGCUUUUGCUGCCUGAUAUAAGGAUGGAGGAGAGGAAGCUUGUUGAGGAACUCCUGCAAGAACUGGACCUGGAGAAAGCAGCUGUAUUAAUCGGCAAUACCCAAGUUUUCCUGAAAUCAGGAAUCAUUUCCAGGCUGGAAAAGCAGCGGGAGAAGCUGGCCUCUCGGAAUGUAAUUCUCUUCCAAGCUGCCUGCAAGGGAUUCUUGUCCCGCCAGCAGUUCAAGAAAUUGAAGAUCCGGCAGCUGGCUGUUCAGUGUAUCCAGAGAAAUCUAGCAGUGUUCCAGGUGGUGAAGGACUGGCCCUGGUGGCAGCUGCUCUGUUAUAUCCGGCCAUUAUUGAGUGUCACCAUUGGGGAGGACCAGCUCCGGGCAAAGGAGGUAUGCUUGCUACGGGGCAAACUCCAGCGGUCAGAGCCGAUUGUGAGCGAGGUCCCUUCCAGCCAGGACCUUCUGCAGGGAGAAAUCACUGACCUGACCACUGAGCUCUCUGACGAGCGCUUCAAAGGAGAAGUGGCCUGCCGGGUCUUAGAGAGUGAGCGGGCUGAGCGUCUCCGGGCCUCCAGGGAGAUCCAGGAGCUGAAGAGUAAGUAUGAACAAACACAGAAGAGUUUGGGGUCAGUGGAGAAGCAGCUGGAAGAAGCCCAGCAGAAAAUUGAAUUGACUGGAGUAGGGAAGCCCCAUUCUGGAGAAGAUGAUGACUGGCGGACACGGUUUGACUGCGCGCUGACAGAAAUUGAGUUUCUCAGAAAGCGCCUCCUGAUGUAUGAGGAGAGAAUAGAAUCUGAACUGGUCUGUAGAAGGGAACUGGAGGAGAAGCUCAGGGAGGCUCUGAACUCCUACGAGGAGGUCAGGAAAAGCUCUCACCAGCUGAAGAGGAAAUGCCACAAUCUGACCUGCGACCUCGAGGACGCCCGGAUACUUCUGGAGAACCAGCAGAGCCGGAACCAUGAACUGGAGAAGAGGCAAAAAAAGUUCGAUAUGCAAUUAACCCAGGCCAUUGGCGAAUCGUUGUUUGAAAGGGGCCUCCGAGAGAAAUUGUCCCAGGAAAACGCGAAUGCCCAGUGGGAGCUCAGCAAACUCCAGAGCAGGUUAGAGGAAACAGAGCGGGAAACUCUGGGUCUGAAACAGAAGCUUGAGAUGCUGAGAUGCCAUAACCUUGACCAAAGGGGCAGCCCACUCCCCUGUGGGGUCGAGGCUGUGGCUGCUUUACAGAGACAGCUCUGGGACCUGAAGUCCAGUGCCUUGGAGCAGCAGCAAAUACAGAACGAGCAAGAAAAUACGAUUAAGAAACUGGAACAGCUCCGUGUUCGCUUUGAGAUGGAGAUUGAGAGGAUGAAACAGACGUACCUGAAAGAACAAGAAGACAAGGAAGAAGAACUGGAGGACAUUCGCCAGUCCUGCCAAAAGCGGCUACGGCAACUGGAGAUGCAGCUGGAACAGGAAAGCGAGGAGAAGAAGCUGGUUCUCCAUGAGAAGCAGGAUUUGGAAAACCUCAUUGGGACACUCUGUGAACAGAUUGGCCAUCGAGACUUUGAUGUGGAAAAACGCCUCCGCCGUGACCUGAGGAGAACCCAUGCUCUCCUGUCUGAUGUCCAGUUUCUCCUGACGAAUAUUGAGGACUCUCAGACAAUAGUUAAUAAAGAAGAGCUCGAGAAGGUUCACAAGAAGCUAGAAGAAAGUGAAGCCAAGUGUGCAGAUGCCCAGAACACUCAGAAGUUGCUGGCCCAGGACCUAGAGAACAUGCACAGUGAGCUGGAGAAUGUUACCAAGAACAAGAAUCUGGUUGAUGAGCAGCUGUUUCGGCUACAGCUGGAGAAAACUGACCUUCUGAAACGUAUUGAUGAAGACCAGGAGGAUCUGAAUGAGCUAAUGAAGAAGCACAAAGACCUCAUUGCCCAGUCUUCCCAAGACAUUAUGCAGAUUCAGGAACUACAGGAGAGCCUGGAAGAAGCAAAGAAGGAGAAGCAAAACCUCCAGGAAAAGCUGAAUAUUGCUCAGUCCCGCGUCGAGCACUUGGAGAAGACUAUGGUGGAUCGCAGUAUUGUUGGCCGCCAGGAAGCUGUGAUCUGUGACCUGGAGAACAAGCUGGAGUUCCACAAAGUCCAAAUUAAGAGAUUUGAGGUGCUGGUGCUUCGCCUUCGGGACAGUGCACUCAAGUUGGGAGAGGAGCUGGAGAAGGCCGUGUGCUCUGAGAUGGAGCAGAAGGAGUCUUGCCAGUAUUACCAGAGGAGGAUGGAGGAGAUGAAAGGCGAAAUGGCAGAGUUGAGGGAGAAGGAGGCCGACACCAGCCACCGGUGCCUCGAUCUGGAGAAGCGUGUAGAGGAGCUCAUGGCGGUGAGGCUGACACUACAGGCUGACCUCGAGGUAUCCAUCCGGAGAAUCGCAGAUUUACAGAUGGCCCUGGAAGAUGUAGACUCCAGUAAUAGUGAUAAUGAAAGUAUCCAGACAGUGCAGGAAUCCUCCCCUACCAGAACCCAAAGAGAGAUAGAUAACCAGUCCCUUCCGGAGUCCUCCAUCAGCUCUCAGCCACUGGAAAGCGUCAGAUCCUGGUUGAAUUUGUCUCCAAACCAGUCCAGGUCCAACAGCACAGUGAGGAGUGAGUCGCAGCAGUCGGCCACUGGCAGCGGAGUUCUGGAUCAGAGGAUGCACCGAGAAACCAGAGAGGUCGAGAAGAAGCCGCCGACGCUGAGGACCGACGCCAAGGGGGACUAUGAAAAGCCUCUAUCGGACAAGAGCUUCGCCAGACAAUCCAUCUCACCUUUCACCUUCUCAGGUCAAGAUUAUAAUAAAACGAAUAAAGUGGAGAGUGCCGAGACAUGGAUGAAGACAGCCAACAAAUCCAAGAGUCACUCGUCGACCACAUCCCCGACAAUAGACGAAAAACCUCCAAGCACCUCCUGGGCCCUUUCUGAGUUUCUCGAGGGACUCCGGAAACAACAGACGGAUAAAGAGAAGGACGCCUUAGGAGAAGAAGACUGGCCCACUUUGCCCAUCUACCAAACCAUCGGCGCCUCGUCUCUGCGCAGGUCUUUGGAGACAGCGACGCUCCCAGAAAAGUCCGCUCUGGAGACCAACCUGGACAACCCACGAUCCGGCCUGUUAAGGUCCACCAGCCUCAAGUGUCUCUCCUGCGACAACUCAGAGUCCUUGCUUUCCUUGCCUGCUCCUUCGAAGUCUGUGUACCGGUCUUGCGAAUCCCUCUUGCAGUCGGAGCACUUGGAAAGCAAUUUUAACCGGAAUCUGAGUUCCUCCGUGGGAGAUAACCUGGGCAAGUUCUCCCAGUCCAGGCUGCACCUUCGGAGGCCAUGCAUCGACACCCCCCUGGAGGAAGUAGAGGACCCGGACCUGGGGAAAGAAUCUCUGGUCUUUCAGAACAGAAGGUUUUCCAACCUGCCAGACGAGCCUCUGGAACCUAAUUUCAGGGACUGGAAACUGCCGAGAUACGAGCAGAAAAGCAAAGUGACUUUUGAUGACUAUGUUCCAGCCAUCCGAAAAUCCAAGUCUCCCAUCAGAGCCAGCAAGGAUAGAGGGGACGGCCUGAAGUCUGGGGCGAGUUUCUUCAAGAGCGAUGCUUCUUCGGAAUGUCUGUUCCCAGGAACUAGCAGCGCCUUCCAGGAAGACUUGGAAUCCAAGGAGGACGCGGAGCACCUGUCCGACUCUUCAUCAUCUUCCAGCUCCGCCAUGUCCUACAGAAGCGCAGACAGCAUCAAGAGCCGGCCAGGAUCCCUAAAACGAGAGGAGGAGAGUGAUAGGAGAUCCCGAUAUGGAACAUGGAUGGAUGCAAAGAGGCAAGAUGAGGUGGAAAGCAUCAUGAAGAAAUAUCUCCAGAAGUAGGGAAUGGUCCAGCAUCCAGUGUCUGAAGUUCCUGGAAAGCUUCCCUGGCCCCUCAGCUUUUCAAAGAAAAAUACACAGGCGGCCUCUGCAUCUGCUUGUCUGUAGGCGAUGGAUGCCACCGAAAAAUACUCCCAAAGGAUUCUGACAAACCUGAGGAUUUAUUUUGUAAGAGGUGCUGGGGUUUGAAUAGUGAUUUAUACAGAAUAAAACUAUUGUGGCUUCAAA